AUGUCGUCGGCCACACAGUUAGGGAUCUCGGAGAGGGAGUAUGAAGAAGCCCUCGCGGUGGAAAAGCUCUUUUUCCUGUCAUCCAAGGAAAGAUGCACGUACUGUAGUAGCGGAAAACCGACCUUCGUUGAUACGUACAAUUACGAAUUUAUAUGUGACAAAUGCUCAUUCAGAAGUAAACACAAAAAAAGAAUAGGGGAAGACUCCAUCAGUUACUAUGAUGUGCAGAAAUUGGAAAAGAAAUUUGGAGUAGCCUCUUCCUCAAAUUAUAAUAGCAGCAGUAAGCAUCGCCGAAAAUCUAGUAGCGGCCAUCAUCACCACCAUCACCAUCAUCACAAUAAUGAGAAGAAGUCCAAGUCAAAGAGUAGACACACUUCUGGGAAGAAGCACAUCGAAGUGGUGUCAGACGAUAACAGCUCUUCGUACGAUUAUGACGAUAAAAUGAGAAAAGAAAAGAAAAAAAAAAAAGAUAAAGAAAAGGACAGAAGCGGGGGAGAUAGAGACCGAGAUAGGGACCGAGACCGUGACCGAGACCGUGACCGAGACAGAAGAAAAGACAAACAUAACAAAGAUAGGUAUAAGAAGAAAAAGAAAUAUGAUGACUCGGAUGAAGAUUUUGAUGAUGACUUUUGUCUUAACGAUUAUGAUCAUACCACCCCUGGCAUGAUAGGCAUUAUGAAUUCCAAUAAUAUUAACAACUCAGAUUAUAAAAGCAACAACAUGGACAACAGCUUCCAGGACUUUGAUGGGAGCCACAUGAGUUACAAUCAGUUAGGGGAGGGCAAUUUUAACGACUUCGGCCCGCCGAACGGAAUGAACCAAGGGGGUAUGAAUCAAGGCGGCAUGAACCAAGGCGGCAUGAACCAAAGCGGCAUGAACCAAAGCGGCAUGAACCAAAGCGGCAUGAACCAAGGCGGCAUGAACCAAGGCGGCAUGAACCAAGGCGGCAUGAACCAAGGCGGCAUGAACCAAGGCGGCAUGAACCAAAGCGGCAUGAAUCAGGGAGGAAUGAACCAUGCGAACCACCCCUUCGACUCGCCCCACUUUGCGAAGGACAACUACAACUCGAAGUACAUGAAUAAUUCGCCGAACGCCGAAAUGGUGAAUGCCGCGAACAACCAGCUAUGCCUGGACGACUUUAACUCCCACCCGUUUAAUAACAAAAUGGGUUACUCUAACAAUUUUAAUAUGAAGCUGAGCGAGGAGGGGGAGCUAGCCAAGAUGAAGUAUGGCAACGGUGGGCAGCCGAACGGUGUGCAGGCGAAUGGCGGCCUUUCGAAUAGCCACCCCGGCAACAGCCGCGCAGGCAACAAAAGCGGCAACAGUAACAAGAUUAACAUGCACUCGUACGACCCCUUCGACAGUAACAUCAGUUCCGGUGCUGACAAAAACAGAUACAACAACGGGGCGGUGGAUAACUUGAACUAUUUUAACGGCUCAAACUUCCCGAACAACCAGCAGGGCAAUAUGAACAACAGACUCUUCCUCAUGAAUAAGAGAAAUUCUUUAAACCACAACUACAACCAACAGAAUAGCAACGCAAAUUCCAUGUACAGCCAUUUUGCAAACACACAGAAUCCAUACAUGAUGAAUAACCAAAAUAUGAUUAAUGCUAAGAUGCUAUACGAUAGCAAUAUGAAUAGUUCCAAGAAUAAAAACUUUCACUGUAGUAACCCCAACUCGCCAUUCAUGCUAAACGGUGGUAUCAGCGGUGGCACAGUUAGCAGCGCUAAUAAUGGCAACGCAGAUAAUGGUAGCGGCGCCCUGGGUUCUCACAACAGCAACAUGAACAAUGCAAUGGCAUACUGCAACCAGGGCAAUUUAAAUGAUAGGACAAAGUGGCACGAUAAUGGCAGCAGCAGUAACGCCAUUAACAGCGCUAGCGGUGGUAACCCUAGCAGCAAUAAUAAUGGCGGUGCGCACAGCGCAGAUUUUUCCCCCGUCAUUGUGUCCGAUAAGAAUCCAUUUUCUCUUCAGAAUAUUAUUUCCAACAAGAAGAAGUCCCCCAAUUAUAUGAACACCAUGACGGACGAGAUGAAUAGGUACAUGUAUAAGUAG